AUGGACGUGAACGUAGACGUGGACCUGGACGUGGACGUGAAGGUGGACGUGGACCUGGACGUGGAAGUGGACCUGGACAUGGACAUGGACGUGGACGUGAAGGUGGACGUGGACCUGGACAUGGACGUGGACGUAGACGUGGACGUGGACGUGGACGUGGACGUGGAGGUGGAAGUGGACGUGGACGUGGACGUGGAAGUGGACGUGGACGUGGACGUGGAGGUGGACGUGGACGUGGACGUGGAGGUGGACGUGGACGUGGACGUGAAGGUGGACGUGGACCUGGACAUGGACGUGGACGUAGACGUGGACGUGGACGUGGACGUGGACGUGGACGUGGAGGUGGAAGUGGACGUGGACGUGGACGUGGAAGUCGACGUGGACGUGGACGUGGAGGUGGACGUGGACGUGGACGUGGAGGUGGACGUGGACGUGGAGGUGGACGUGGAGGUGGACGUGGACGUGGAGGUGGACGUGGACGUGGACGUGGAGGUGGACGUGGACGUGGACGUGGACGUGGAGGUGGACGUGGACGUGAAGGUGGACGUGGACCUGGACGUGGAAGUGGACGUGGACGUGGACGUGGACCUGGACCUGGACAUGGACGUGGACGUGGACGUGGACGUGGACGUAGAAAUGGACGUGGACGUGGACGUGGACGUGGACGUGGACGUAAAAAUGGACGUGGACGUGGACAUGGACGUGGACGUGGACGUGGACGUGGACGUGGACAUGGACGUGGACGUGGACGUGGACGUGGACGUGGACGUGAACGUGGACGUGGACCUGAACGUCGACGUGGACGUGGACGUGGACCUGGACCUCGACGUUUACGUGGACGUGGACGUGGACGUGGAUGUGGACGUGGACGUGGACGUGGACCUGGACGUGGACGUGGACGUGGACGUGGACCUGGACGUGGACGUGGACCUGGACGUGGACGUGGACGUGGAAGUGGACGUGGACGUGGACGUGGACCUGGACCUGGACAUGGACGUGGACGUGUACGUGGACGUGGACGUGGACGUAGAAAUGGACGUGGACGUGGACGUGGAUGUAAAAAUGGACGUGGACGUGGACGUGGACGUGGACGUGGACGUGGACGUGGACCUGGACGUUGACGUGGACGUGGACGUGGAGGUGGACGUGGAGGACAUGGACGUGGACGUGGACGUGGACGUUGACGUGGACAUAGAAAUGGACGUAGACGUGGACGUGGACGUGCACGUGGACGUGGAGGUGGACGUGGACAUGGAGGACAUGGACGUGGACGUGGACGUGGAAGUGGACGUGGACGAGGACGAGGACGUGGACGUGGACGUGGACGUGGACGUGGUCGUGGACGUGGACGUGGACGUGGUCGUGGACGUGGACGUGGAGGACGUCGACGUGGACGUGGAGGACGUGGACGUGGACGUGGAGGACGAGGACGUGGACGUGGACGUGGACGUGGACAUGGACGUGGACGUGGACGUGGACAUGGACGUGGACGUGGACAUGGACGUGGAGGACAUGGACGUGGACGUGGACGUGGACGUGGACGUAGACGUGGACGUAGAACUGGACGUGGACGUGGACGUGGACGUGGACGUGGACGUAGAACUGGACGUGGACGUGGACGUGGACGUAGACCUGGACCUGGACGUUGACGUGGACGUGGACGUGGACGUGGACCUGGACGUGGACGUGGACGUGGACCUGGACGUUGACGUUGACGUGGAGGACAUGGACGUGGACGUGGACGUGGACCUGGACGUGGACGUGGACGUGGACGUGGACAUGGACGUGGACGUGGACGUGGAUGUGGACGUGGACGUGGACGAGGACGAGGACGUGGACGAGGAGGACAUGGACGUGGACGUGGAGGUGGACGUGGACGUGGACGAGGACGUAGAAAUGGACGUGGACAUAGACGUGGACCUGGACGUGGACGUGAAGGUGGACGUGGACCUGGACGUGGAAGUGGACCUGGACAUGGACAUGGACGUGGACGUGAAGGUGGACGUGAAGGUGGACGUGGACCUGGACGUGGAAGUGGACCUGGACAUGGACAUGGACGUGGACGUGAAGGUGGACGUGGACCUGGACAUGGACGUGGACGUAGACGUGGACGUGGACGUGGACGUGGACGUGGACGUGGAGGUGGAAGUGGACGUGGACGUGGACGUGGAAGUGGACGUGGACGUGGACGUGGACGUGGAGGUGGACGUGGACGUGGACGUGGAGGUGGACGUGGACGUGGACGUGAAGGUGGACGUGGACCUGGACAUGGACGUGGACGUAGACGUGGACGUGGACGUGGACGUGGACGUGGAGGUGGAAGUGGACGUGGACGUGGACGUGGAAGUCGACGUGGACGUGGACGUGGAGGUGGACGUGGACGUGGACGUGGAGGUGGACGUGGACGUGGACGUGAAGGUGGACGUGGACCUGGACGUGGAAGUGGACGUGGACGUGGACGUGGACCUAGACCUGGACAUGGACGUGGACGUGGACGUGGACGUGGACGUGGACGUAGAAAUGGACGUGGACGUGGACGUGGACGUGGACAUAAAAAUGGACGUGGACGUGGACAUGGACGUGGACGUGGACGUGGACGUGGACAUGGACGUGGACGUGGACGUGGACGUGGACGUGAACGUGGACGUGGACGUGGACCUGGACGUAGACGUGGACGUGGACGUGGACCUGGACCUGGACGUUGACGUGGACGUGGACGUGGAUGUGGACGUGGACGUGGACCUGGACGUGGACGUGGACGUGGACGUGGACCUGGACGUGGACGUGGACCUGGACGUGGACGUGGACGAGGAAGUGGACGUGGACGUGGACGUGGACCUGGACCUGGACAUGGACGUGGACGUGGACGUGGACGUGGACGUAGAAAUGGACGUGGACGUGGACGUGGAUGUAAAAAUGGACGUGGACGUGGACGUGGACGUGGACAUGGACGUGGACGUGGACGUGGACGUGGACGUGGACGUGGACCUGGACGUUGACGUGGACGUGGACGUGGAGGUGGACGUGGAGGACAUGGACGUGGACGUGGACGUGGACGUGGACGUUGACGUGGACGUAGAAAUGGACGUUGACGUGGACGUGGACGUGCACGUGGACGUGGAGGUGGACGGGGACAUGGAGGACAUGGACGUGGACGUGGACGUGGAAGUGGACGUGGACGAGGACGAGGACGUGGACGAGGACGUGGACGUGGACGUGGACGUGGACGUGGACGUAGAAAUGGACGUGGACGUGGACGUGGAGGACAUGGACGUGGACGUGGACGUGGACGUGGACGAGGACGAGGACGUGGACGUGGACGUGGACGUGGACAUGGACAUGGACGUGGACGUGGACGUGGACUUGGACGUGGACAUGGACGUGGACGUGGACGUGGACGUGGACGUGGACGUGGACAUGGACGUGGACGUGGACGUGGACGUGGACGUGGACGUGGACGUGGACUUGGACUUGGACUUGGACGUGGACGUGGAUGUCGACGACGUGGACGUGGAGGACGUCGACGUGGACGUGGAGGAUGUGGACGUGGACGUGGAGGACGAGGACGUGGACGUGGACGUGGACGUGGACGUGGACGUGGACGUGGAUGUGGACGUGGACGUGGACAUGGACGUGGAGGUGGACGUGGACGUGGAGGACAUGGACGUGGACGUGGACGUGGACGUGGACGUGGACGUGGAUGUAGAACUGGACGUGGACGUGGACGUGGACGUGGACAUGGACGUGGACGUGGAGGACAUGGACGUGGACGUGGUUGUGGACGUGGACGUAGAACUGGACGUGGACGUGGACGUGGACGUGGACGUGGACGUGGACGUGGACGUGGACCUGGACGUUGACGUGCGCGUGGACGUGGACGUAGACGUGGAGGACGUGGACGUGGACGUGGACGCGGACGAGGACGUGGACGCGGACGAGGACGCGGACGGGGACGCGGACGUGGACGUGGACGUGGACCUGGACGUUGACGUGCGCGUAGACGUGGACGUGGACGCGGAUGAGGACGUGGACGCGGACGUGGACGUGGACGUGGACCUGGACGGGGACGGGGACGGGGACGGGGGCGUGGACGUGGACGUGGACGUGGAUGUGGACGUGGACGUGGACGUGGUCGUGGACGUGGACGUGGACGUGGACGUGGACGUGGAAAUGGACGUGGACGUGGACAUGGACGUGGUCGUGGACGUGGACGUGGUCGUGGACGUGGACGUGGACGUGGACGUGGACGUGGACGUGGAGGUGGACGUGGACGUGGACGUGGACGUGGAGGACGUGGACGUGGAGGUGGACGUGGACGUGGACGUGGAGAACGUGGACGUGGACGUGGAUGUGGAGGACGUGGACGUGGACGUGGACGUGGACGUGGACGUGGAGGUGGACGUGGACGUGGACGUGGACGUGGAGGACAUGGACGUGGAGGUGGACGUGGAGGACAUGGACGUGGACGUGGACGUGGACGUGGACGUGGACGUGGAAAUGGACGUGGACGUGGACGUGGACGUGGACGUGGACGUGGACGUGGACUAG